AAGAACAGCACUAUCAUCUUGCCAUCUUACAACCAGAACGACUUCGUCUUGACGACUCCACAAGAACACCACCCGGCCGCAUAUUCACCGCAGUCGAGUCUGAUAAUUAAGAGAGAACAAUUCAACCAACGGCAGUCACAAAAGUUCUCACUCGCCAUAUUGCCAAAAACGCAUCACAAAACUCGACAUAUCUCACCAGUGACCCAUCAGGACUUCUCACCUUCACGAGCUUAACUAAGGAGUGCCAAUCGUCCGGCGUAAAUCUCCCCUGGUUCGCCCAAACUCAUCAAGAAGCAACACCGUCCAUACCUCUGGCGCCAACUUUACAGUCAGUAAGACUAGAGGGGGCUUACUCACAGCAGACUGCCCUCAUAGGUGCCCUUAUCGUCAAUCGGAACGCCAUUGUCUUCAAGAGAGCUCGCUCCGAUCCAGCAAAAUGGCCGGCAACGAUGUGGAAAUGUCGCACAGUGAGAUGUGGGACGACUCUGCGUUGAUAGAGUCAUGGAACGAGGCUCUGGACGAGUACAAAAAGUAUCACAGCAUCCACGCAAAGGGAGGCAAGCUCAAAGACCUUGAUCUUCAGGAGAAGACGGAAGAUGCCCAGACCACCAACGACGCGCAAACGCAGGCCGUCGAUCAGCCAGAGAUCGCGGAUGAUGCUGCAGAGAGAGCCGACAAAACAAAGGGGUUGAGCAGCACAGAUGUCCAGGACCAGGCAGAUUCAACAGGUGUGCCCAUGACAAAGGCCAAUGCCCCCCUGGGGCCUGCGACAAUGGGCCCGCAGAGUCUUCUCGGAUCAGUGCAAGACGAGGGUUUGAAGAGACUUUUGAUGUCAUGGUACUAUGCUGGCUACUACACAGGAUUGUACGAAGGCCAGCAACAGCAGCAGCAGCAGCAGCAGCAAUAGCCGGGACCAGACAGAUGCCAAAAGUAGAUAGUGUGAGCCAAUCGAUACCCAGUGAGAGAGCGGCUGCAAGUGCGACGACGAGGCUGAGCGGACUUGAGCCUGGCCGGCUGGGACACGCCAAAUGCAAGGUUGUGUGGGGAAUGGGGUGAGGUUGGUCGUCCUGAAAAGCGGCUAUAAGAGAGUUUAUCUGAUCGACGUGCGGGAGGGCGAGUUCUGUAACACGAUCUGUUCCAUCGUCCGAUGAUGCAACGGCGCCACACCGUUCCAUGUCUGAGGUUCGCCGUGGCAUGUGUCACACGAACGACAGGAGCAGCAACGUCUUCAAUCAGCAGCCUCUUGAUUCGUCUUUUCUAUCCCGUUGUCUGCUUGGCUCUUGGGACGGGGGAAUUUAGGAUGCGGUCCAAGUCGGGGUCGGGCGAACUUGGCCUGGCGGACCCAAUAAAAUCUAUCAUGACUGCGACAGGAAGAGAAAAAAGGCUAGUGGAAUCAUGUCGGCUAUCCAAGAGUUCGUUUUGUUUCACCGUGGAA